AACAAAAUUCAAAUUGACAAUUCAUACAUAGAUAAUAUUUUUCAGAAAGAAUAUAAAUAACUGCCAAACCUACUGUGGAAGUUUUAAUUAUGGAAUAAAGUAGAAUGAGUGAAAUUGGCUAUCAGGCGAAUAUCACAGUUAGCUUUAGUAGCCAAUGUAAUACAGCUGCUAGUGAUUCAUUAAGCACGAUAACUUGUCCACUGGAAUCCUGUACAAGAUGUGCUAAGAUCACACCUCACUUUUACUUUCUCCCAGUAUAAAUUCUUUGAUGCCAUACUGAGCUAUCUAAAAGAGAGCUUAGUUCUCAAGGGUGGAAGCAGUACGAGCAAAUUAAUUAGGAGUCGAGAAACCACAAAAGGAACCCACUACAGCACCUUCAAUGGAUACUCCAGCCAUUCGGAAACCAACCAAUGGGCAAGAAAUCUUCCACUUCAGCCAUCCACAACAUCCUUUAGUUCAAAUUAACAUGCCAUACCUUUUUACAUGCAUGGGCUGCAAGGAGUGUGGCGCAGGAAGGAGGUUCAGGUGUCAAAUUUGUGGCUUUGAUCUGCAUGAUUUCUGUGCACUGGCUCCCCAAUCACUUCAUAACCAUCCCUUCCAUCACAAACAUCAACUUGUUUUCUACAUAAAACCAGGGGGAUUUCUUCACUCAAAAUGCGACAUCUGUGGGAAAUCUGCUAAAGGAUACGCCUUCCGCUGUACAUCAUGCAGCUUCGAGAUGCAUCCUUGCUGCGCUGCGAUGAGCAGGGAAAUGGAGUUUCUGACUCACCAGCACCCUCUAACUCUGUCGUCUGCAGUAGCAAAUGCAGGCGGAGAAUCAUGCUGCAUCUGUCAAAUGUGCAGGAGGAAGAGGUCAGGGCGGUUUUAUCAAUGCGAGACCUGUGGAUAUUGCCUGCACGCCGUAUGUGCGAAAGACUUGGUUAAUGGGCUUUAUGUCCACGGCAUCGUGCCGCCGGAGAAAAAUAACAUUCUAGGGACAGCAGCUAGGCUUGCAGCACAUGCGCUUUUCGGAAUUAUCGGAGGGCUGAUUGAGGGAAUCGGAGAAGGGAUAGGAGAGGCGCUUAUUGAAAAUAUUGGGAGAGGUAGAAGCAAAAGCAUCAAGAAGAAACACCAGACGAGGGAGAUUGUUUACUCGCAUGAAAGGGAAGAAGGGAAUGCCAGCUAAGAUUUGUCAGCCUAACGGUUGCUAGCUAGCUAAAAUGUCCGCGUACCUGUAUUAACCGUCUGCCAUGCAGUCUGUGGCUCCAGUACCUCCCUGCCAAAAUAUAUAUGACAAGCAAAGAUUUUGUUUUA